AUUGCUAUGGCAUCGCCAGCGGCUGCUCUAAGGUGAACCUUGGCCGUGAAGUCAAAGACGUGAAGAGGACAACUUUGACAGCCUCGGUUUCCGCCCAGUGUGGGCCAGCGUGAAUGGGCGAGGAGUCCGGAUCGCCGUACGCUGGUGUUUACCUCAUCCCAGUCGGCGUCGCGGUCACCUGGCUGGCGUUCUUGCACCUUUACUCAAAAGCGUCGCGUCGCGCUAAAGAGGACAUACUCAAGGGCAUGAGAUUUUACUCCGACGAAAACUUCGUCAGCGACGAGUUCGUCUACAACAUAAUCAUUCAAACUGGCUACGAACCGGAGUCCGGAACGACUUCGGCGCUGGCGAUGCGCAUCGUGGGGGACGAGGCGUCCGCUCUUACCUACCUGUGCCACUGCGGCCCGGAGUUCAACGUGCUGGCCCCGGGAUCGCGUAUCGGAGUCUGCAUUACGUCCAGCUUCGAAGUGGGCCGCGUUCGGGCCAUCGUCUUCGAGGUUGACCCGCGCUUCCCACGCUCCAACUGGACCCUGCGGCAGUUCCACCUGCCGCUGAGCGUGCUGGAUUUUCCGUACGGGUCCCGGUUCACGCGCGUGCAGCGGUUGGCCUCUGUAAUGGCACUCGGCCUGGACGCCAUGCUGGUCGACUGCGCACUGCACGGCUGGUGUCCUGAGCGCGGCGGACCCGGCAUCAACCUCGGAGGCACGCUCCUCUCCACCGUCUACCUCAGCGCCUUCCUAUUCGUCGGCACACUCGUCAUCACGUUCGCCUUCGAGUUCUGCUACCAAGGCGCCGACCGGGGUCACUGGCCACGACCCGCAGACCUGGACCACUUCUGCAAAACCCCCAAGACGAUGCGCGCUGCCGCAGCGUCGCGCGCAGAUUCCUCCAGGGAAGUCGCGUAUCGCCACUACAGCAACCAGGAUGCCUCGCUUGCCUCCCCCCAGCAGGUGCAGCCCGAUGGCACGUCCCUGCGGUCCAAGACGACGAUCAUGUCGCCUCAGUUUCCCGUCGACGCGGCCGCCAUAGUGGCGCACGCGGACGGCCUCCGGCUGCGGCAGUGCUACCCGUCCUGCCGAGCGGCAAGACUGCUGCCCUGGGCGCUCGUGGUCGCCAGCAUGUUGCUGUCCACGCCCGCGGUGUGUGUGUGCGCGGCCUGCUACGACUUCGGCACCUGCGUCAGCUGGCUGCUCCCGCUGACCGCGGCAGCAGCGCUCACGUGUUUCGUCCUCGAGCCGGCCAAGGCGUUGCUCAUCGCCUUCGUGUUUAGGGACUUCUGAUGAGCCGCCGAUGCAUCGCAGGCGCUCCUUGCUGGGACGACGAUGUAACUGCUGUGCUCACACCGUUGUCGUUCCACGCGAGUUGCGACUAGCUAUGUGUCCCUUGCCGCAAUUUCCACUAUCUGUUCUGUUUUUUCAGUAUGCCCCUUUAUUCAACGGUGCAAAAAAAAAAAAAACAGCGCUUUACGAAGGGACAUGAGGCAGACGACGUAUACACGGCCAGCUUACGUAUGUCGUCUGUUUCUUGUGCCCAUGCGUGUCGCAUCUUUGUGUUCUGUCCAAAAGUGCCGUUUACUUUUAUUUCCUACGUGUACAUCUACCGCCCCAAAUCAGCACUGCGUGAACCACGUGUCUCGUGUAUUUUGCCUUUGGUCGACUUUGUGACAGACUAUGCUAUUGAUCCUGUGCUUCUCAUGCACAGUUCUGUAUUUCGUCAAAGUUAAUUUGCGCUUACUGGCGUGUACAUGUCGAUAUAAUUUUCUUUUUCUCUUAAUCCACAAUAUACGCCACGUGGGCAAGCUUAUAACGCAUCGCAUCAUUUUUGGAUCGCUCGCAGUAAAGUCGGCUCCGAGUCAGCGUAUUUGCAUGUAAUAACAACUUUGGCGGUGCAU